UCCUGCUUGAGGAGCAGCCUGAUCAGUGUGUGCGGUUUACAGAGAAAUGCGUGCAUCUGUCAGACAGAGGUGAAUAUGGCAGAAGUGUCGGAGAGGACGCUCCAAGUGGCGGUGGUGAUCUCCUUUGCUGCGGGCUUCGUGGCGGGCUGGCAGGCCAACAGGAUGAGGAGGAAGUUUCUAGACUGGAGGAAAAAACGGCUACAAGACAAACUGUCCGAGACGCAAAAGAAAAUAGAUCUGUCCUGAAGGGUACAGCCACUGUUUCCCAUUGCUGCUGUUGCCGGGUGGACUGGACUUGUGCUGCUUGUUACAAUGAAAGAAGUCAUAUCAACAAACUGUGGCACUGCCUCUAUGUGGACUUUAACUUUACACUCACAAACAUCACUACUCAAAUGUGUCCCAUUGUCCAGUAGGCUUAAUUUGUGUUUGUAGCUCUGUGGUCAAUAAAUUAUUUUUACAUUUGGUAGACUAAA